UUAUCAUUGCUGCAUUCUGCAACAAGGAAAUAUUGAGAGUGUUGGAUCUUGAAAAUUUGAAUUCUUGAGAAAAUUAAAGAUGGCUACGAUGGCGACAGGGGAAGAACAGAGUAGCAGUAGCAACAGAGUCCAGAAAUGGUCCCUUCAUGGGAAAACAGCUCUAGUUACUGGAGGAACCAGAGGUAUCGGGAGUGCAAUAGUGGAGGAAUUGGCAGGAUUUGGAGCAAGUGUUCAUACAUGUUCAAGAAACAAGAAAGAACUUGAUGAGAAGAUUCAAGAAUGGGAAGCAAAAGGAUUUAAGGUGACUGGCUCUGUUUGUGAUUUAUUUUCUAAAGAACAGAGAGAAGAGCUUAUUCACACUGUUUCCUCUGUUUUUGAGGGCAAGCUCAAUAUACUAGUGAAUAAUGCAGCAAUAAGUAUGAUAAAACGAACAGCAGAUAUAAGUGUGGAAGAUUAUUCAAAAAUUAUGGGAACCAAUGUGGAGUCACCUUUCCACAUCACUCAAAUUGCUUAUCCUCUUUUGAAAGCAUGUGGAAAUACUGCUAGCAUUGUCUUCAUUUCCUCCCUUGCUGGUUCUCUUGCACUCCCUGCUCUUUCUGUCUACGGAGCCUCUAAAGGUGCAAUCAACCAGCUUACCAAGUUUUUGGCAUGCGAAUGGGCUAGUGAUGGAAUUCGCGUUAAUACAGUCUCUCCAUUCGCUGUCAACACUAGCAUUUUGAAAGCGGAGGAUAUUGACCCGCCAUUAUUGGAGAAUUAUUCAGAAUUGAUGUGUAGAACACCAUUGAAACCAAUAGCAGAACCUGAUGAGAUAUCUCCAUUGGUGGCAUUUCUUUGUCUUCCUGCUGCUUCACAUAUUACUGGUCAGAUCAUUCUUGUUGAUGGUGGAUUUUCAGCUGGUAGUUUCAAAUUUCAGUCUUAAUUAAUUAAAUAUCCAAAAAUAGAAAGAAAAAUACAAUAUGCAUGGGUUGGCAAAUUGUUUUUCAUAUAUAUGAGCAUUAUUGUUCUUGUAAGCUAAGGGUGGAUCGAUCUUUUCGCGAUAUUGUAAGUCAUGUUUGACCAUAAAAAUUAUUCACUUUUUUUCUGAAAUAAUGUUU